GUGAAAGUGAAGGAAGGAUCGGUGAGCUCAGCGAGGCAGGACGUUGCUUGAAUCGCGAUUACAAACAGCUACAAUCCGGAUUGGGAACAAACGGGCACUGGGAUCCGAGACACUCCGACUGCGAUCGAGGAGAGACCGCACAAACCGCUGGGGAUCAGCGUCCCAGCGAGGAAAUGCGUUUGGGGAAAAGAAACUAACUUAAAAAGAAAGUUUUAAGAGUUACGUUGACUGGAUCUAUCUUUCACAAAUCCCGCUGAGUGCCACGCUUCUGGAAGAUGGCACAACAUUUAACUGCACACAAAGUAUGAGCCGGCUGAUUUGCCAAGGAGUGCAAUGGUAACAAGUUUAGCAGACAUGACCCUCACUGAAUCACCAGUAGUUCUGCUGUGCAUGUGCACUUUGACUCUGGGACAACUACUGAGACAAACAAGAGUCCCAAUUAUGUCCAAUAAGCCUUUCAUAACUGUCUGGAAUGCUCCAACUGCUGCCUGCAAAUCCUCCUUUGGCAUUGACCUUAACUUGGGAAUUUUUGACAUAAUUGCAAACCAAAAUGACUCAUUCAUUGGGCAAAACAUCACCAUCUUCUAUGAAGAUAAACUGGGCUCUUACCCCCACUAUACUAAAAGCGGGGUGUCUGUGAAUGGGGGCACUCCACAGAACGCGAGUUUGAAGUAUCACCUAAUGAAGGCCAAAGUAGACGUGGAGACCCUUAUACCACUGAAAGACUUCGACGGGCUGUCUGUCAUUGACUGGGAGUCCUGGAGGCCCUUGUGGUUAAGGGACUGGGACCAGAAGGAUAUCUACCGUAAGAAAUCAAAGCAACUUGUUCAAAAGCGACAUCCUGAUUGGUCUGAGAGUCAGGUGGCGAAGCAAGCGCAAAUUGAGUACGAACAAGCAGCCAGGGACUUUAUGGGACAGACCCUGAAGGUAUCAAAAGGUCUUAGGCCCUGGGGUUUGUGGGGCUAUUAUGGCUUUCCUUGUUGCUACAAUGAUGUAUUUACCAAAAAUUACACUGGAGAGUGUCCAGAUAUUGAGAUGAAGAGGAACGAGCAGCUGGCUUGGCUCUGGAAGGAGAGUAUUGCUUUGUACCCAAGCAUCUACCUCAGUGUCUGGCUUCGAGCAACACAGAAUACACAGAGGUUUGUCCAUUAUCGAAUCAAAGAAGCCCUCCGUCAUGCUCAAAGGGGAGCGAAUUACAGUUUGCCUGUCCUCCCAUACGCUCGGAUUGUGUAUGCCAACACCACAGAUUUCCUAACUGAGAUUGACUUGGUCCACAGUAUCGGAGAGAGUGUUGCGAUGGGAGCUGCAGGGAUUGUCCUUUGGGGAAACAAGGAUUAUGCCCAUUCACAGGAAUCUUGCCUUGCUUUAAAAGAAUAUAUCAAUGGGCUGUUGGGAAACUACAUUGUUAACAUAACAAAUGCUGCAAUGAUCUGCAGUUCGGUUUUGUGCAACAAGCACGGUAGAUGUGUGCGAUCAAGCAACAGCCCCCACGCCUAUCUGCACCUGAACCCAAAGUCCUUCGCCGUGAAGGUGAACCCUUCAAACAAAGGGCUGCCCUACUUCCUGUGGGGGCAGGCAGUGGAAGAGGAUGUGAGAGAGAUGGCCGAUAGUUUUCAGUGCCAGUGUUACAAUGGAUGGAUGGGGGCACAUUGUGAGAUUGCAAGUGACGCAAUGUAACUUUCAACCUGGAUUUUAAGAAAUUUAAGUUAAACUAACAUGUCAUUUAUAUAUCUAUAAGUGGACUUUAUUGCUGAAUUUACCAUCUCUGUGAAUUGGACAGUAUUCUUUCAGUUUAUGCUUCAAUCUACUCAGUACCAUGCAAUGUAUUAUUUGGUGUUUCUGUGGCAUGUAUCUGAUCUGAAAAGUUAUGUCUCUUGCCAAAGUGUAGUUUUUCCAAGUUCCAACAGUUAUCUGCUGCUUCACCUGAAAUGUCUGUUCUUGUAUGAAUCUAGUCCACUUGAGCUCAUAUUUUUCCCAGUCAGUGCUAACCUGAUUAACAUCACCAGCAUUAUUAACAUUAGGGUUACUGGAGCUCCUUGGCUCUGAGAGCAUCCAUUUAUGCAGAUUGGAACAGUUACAGUGAUCAAGAGCAGCGGUUUUGACUGGUUUAAUGAAAUAUGAUAAUACCCUUAUCACUAUCCUGCAGAGAGAAACUAACCCAGUAACGACGGGCAUUUAUGUUUCAUCCUCCUUUCAGAACAUCUCAAAGCGCUUUACAGUGAAUGAAGUGUAAUUCAAUCUAAGAAAUACACCAGGCACUGUGCACACUGCAAGCUGACAUAAAAGCCAGCGUAAUAAUGAUUGGAUAUUCUGCUUUAGUAAUGCUCAGUUUGGAAUAAAUCUUGCCCUUAGGCCACCAGAGAUUAUCCCAUCUUAUGUGAAUUAGGGCCAGGGGUUGUCCAUUUGUGCUUAUAGGAACAGCCAGGGCCUUGGUUUAAUGUCAAAUGUGUAAAAUCAAAGUUGAUUUGCACAAAGUUCAUAUGCACAGGUGCAAUGAAAAACUUAGUUGCAGCAGCAUCACAGACACAGAGCAUCAGAUACACAACAUUCACAAGAAAAACAUAAAAUAAACAAAUUAUACAAGGAAGAACACAAUUAGAACAUAAAAAAAUAAAGUCCAUUGAGGUGCAAGGUGGUUAUAGUGUUGCUACACUGAGGUAGUGGUUAGGGUUGUGCAGGUGGGUUCAAGAACUGAAUGGUUGAAGGGAAGUAGCUGUUCUUGAACCUCCUGCGUGAUGUUUCAUUUGAACAAUGGCACCUUUGACAAUGAAUUACUCCCACACUAGUGCACAAGUGCUUAAGAUGAUAUGUUUGUGCUCAAGUUGCAGGAGUAGGUCUUGAACAUGGAACUUCUGACACAGAAGCAAAAGUGUGUCUAGAAAUCUGGGGAAACAAACCUGGAGUCAGUCUGGUUUGUAUUACUUGAUAUUAUGUCAGGUGGUAUAAUAUGGGUUCAAUUCCGGCCACUGUCUGUAAGGAGUUUGUACGUUCUCCCCGUGUCUGCGUGGGUUACCUCCGGGUGCUCCGGUUUCUUCCCACAUUCCAAAGAAGUACGGGUUAGGAAGUUGUGGGCAGGCUAUGUUGGCGCCAGAAGCAUGGCAACACUUGCGGGCUGCCCCCAGAGCACUCUUCACAAAAGAUGUAUUUCACUGUGUGUUUCAAUGUACAUGUGACUAAUAAAGAUACCUUAAGAUCUUAAAAACUACUCCUCCAUUAUCUUGUAUUAGAUUGCACUUUGGAAAUUAUUCAGCACAUUGGUUGCAAGUGGAAUCAGUAUGGACAGGUCCUUGAUGAUCAGCAUAGACCAGACCAAAGGACCUGUUUCUGUGCUGUAUGACUAUGAGUAAUGCGGGAAGAGACCCCAAUACUUCAGCACAGGGUUUGUACCUCUUCCAUCGGGCAGAAGAUACAGGAGCCUGAGGGCACAUACCACCAGACUUAAGGACAGCUUCUGCCCCACUGUGAUAAGACUAUUGAACGGUUCCCUUAUACAAUGAGAUGGACUAUGACCUCACGAUCUACCUUGUUGUGACCUUGCACCUUAUUGCACUGCACUUUCUCUGUAGCUGUGACACUUUACGCUGUACUGUAAUUGUUUUUACCUGUACUACAUCAAUGCACUCUGUGCUAACUCAAUGUAACUGCACUGUGUGAUGAAUUGACCUGUACGAUCGGUUUGCAAGACAAGUUUUUCACUGUACCUUGGUACAAGUGACAAUAAUAAACCAAAACCAAUACCAAAUAUUUGGCUAAUAGAUAAAUAGGGUAUAUUUUUAGUCCAAUUUGUACAGAAAUAAUAGGAAUUUGUAAUAUUCACUGUUUCUGAGAGAGCACAAAUUCCUCGAGUUUCCUUUUCAAUGUAUUUAAUGUAAAUCAAUUUAAAUGCUUCUUUCCAUUGACAACCAGGUAACUUAAUUCCAGUUUUAUGUUGAAGAUGCAUGCUUCCA